GGUGGAGCCUGUGGUUGGCAAAGGCCCGGCGGGAAGCCGGGGCUCUGAGUGGAUGGGGAGGCGAGUGGGGCCGGCGACAUGGCUGUGGAUUUGGAGGAUGACGAAAAUGACUACCACGAGAGCAUUAAUUCCUUGUACAAGCCUGCAGAUGUUACGGCCCAAGAAGAGGAACCACUCCUUGAGGAGCCAGUGCAGGACAGACCCACUUCUUACAAACCUAAGGACCACUUUAAUGGCACCUAUAUUAUUUUCUUCAUUCUGGGGACCGGCUCACUUUUGCCAUUGAACUUCAUAAUGACUGCGAAGCAUUACUGGAUGUAUAAGCUUCAGAACUGCUCAGAAGAGCUGUCUCCAGCAGAACAGAGACCCUCAGAUAUCCGUGACUUCUUUGAAAGCUACAUUUCCGUGGCUUCCACUGUGCCUUCGGUGCUCUGCUUGAUUGGGAACUUCCUACUAGUCAACAAGGUCUCAGUUCAUGUGCGUAUUCUGUCCUCCUUGGGUGUCGUGCUGGCUGUCUUGAUGGUGAUCACAGUGUUGGUGAAAGUGGACACCUCUUCUUGGACUCCUACAUUUUUUGUAAUCACCUUGGCCUGUGUGGCCAUCACCAGCAGUGCCACCACCGUCUUCAGCAGUAGCGUCUUUGGACUCACGGGGUAUUUCCCCAUACAGAAUUCUCAAGCACUGAUUUCAGGUCAGGCCAUGGGAGGAACGGUGAGUGCUGUGGCAUCCGUGGUGGAUCUGGCAGCAGCAUCCAGUGUUACUGACAGUGCUCUGGCCUACUUCUUGAUGGCGGAUGUCUUCAUUGUUCUGUGCAUUGGGAUAUACCUGAUCCUUCCCAAGUUAGAAUAUUCCAGGUAUUAUAUAAAAUGCCACAAAGACAACACACAGGCCGCGUGCAUGUUGCCUGGUGAUAAUUUGGAGGAAGGUGAUUCAGCAGCUGGUAAGACCAGAGUAAUGACACCAAGGACAAUCCGUACAGGAAGCGUGCCUCCUUUGUCAGCCAUCCUGGAAAAGACUGGCAUGCUGGGAUUCUGUGUCUUCUAUGUCUAUUUCAUCUCUAUCAUCAUUUCCCCUGCAGUCUCCUCUGGCAUAGAAUCUGUCUCUGAGGACCUGGGGAACUUGUGGGCAGAUAAGUACUUCACGCCCCUAACUAGCUUCCUUCUGUACAAUUUUGCUGACUGGUGUGGGAGGCAGAUCACUGCCUGGAUCCAAGUCCCGGGACCCAAGAGUAAGCUGCUGCCCACUAUGGUUUUGCUGAGAACUUUUUUGGUGCCCAUCUUCAUGCUUUGCAACUAUCAGCCUCGGAUGCACAUCACAAGGGUGCUCUUUGCUCAGGACAUCUACCCGGUGGUCUUCACGGUAUUACUGGGAUUCAGCAAUGGUUACUUGAGUACGUUGUCUAUCAUCUACGGCCCCAAGGUCACGCCUAAAGAACUGUCAGAGUCAGCAGGGGUGCUGAUGAUGGUGUUUAUGCAAUUGGGGCUGGCUAUGGGCGCUGCCUUCUCCGUUCUCGUGGUCCAUCUCAUCUAGAAGAGAAGUGUGCAAGUAUUUUCUCUGAGCUCAGUCAGUAAUGGGAUAUUUUCAAAAGUGUGGGGGGGGGAAUGCACAUGUGCAGAGUGUGAAUGCUUUCCUUUUCUAAGCAGAUGAAGAGAGCUGUGUACAGUUUGGAUCACCCAUCUUAAAAAAAAAGAAAAAAAACACUAUAGAGACAUAAAAGGGUCAGAAAUGGGUAACCAAAGUGAUCAAGGGGAGGAGCAUCUUUCCUGUGAAGAAAGGCUGAAAAGUUUGAGGCUUUUCAAUUUGGGGGGAAAGAUGAGAAAUGGCAGGCCAUGAUAGAAAUUUAUAAAAUUAUGUGCGAGGUAGAGGAAGAGAACUGUUUUCUCCUGCUCAUAGUUUAUGAACACACAAUGAAGUUGAUGGGCAAGGAAUACACGGCAGACAAACAACAUGUAAUUAAUUUGUGGGACUUGCAUCUAUGGAAUGCGGUGAUGACCACUAGGCUAGAUGGUUGUAAAGGGGAAUUAAACAAAUUCAUGGGUGACAAGGCUGUAAAUUGACUAAAUGGAACCUUCAUGUUCAGAGGCAGUGUACCUCUGCAUGUUAGUUGGUGGGGAGAAGGGACUUUGGACCCUGCUGGGCACUUCCCAAGAUAUCUGGUUGGCUGCUGUGGGAACAGGAUGCUGAUCCAGGUGGACCAUUGGCCUGACCCAUGGGUUGCUCUUGUGUUCUAGUUCUCUUUCCUGAAGUGGUGAGGAAAAGCUUUAAAUAUAGGAUUCCACUUUUACAAGCUUGUGAGGCAUUGUUGAGCUCUCCUUCUUUUACAGCAGUGGGCUUUUCCCACUGUUUAUAAAGAUGUUUAUGGUUGUAGUGUACAGGCUGACUCUAUUUCAGAAUAUGUGCACUUUUCUCUUCAUUGGUGUUAAAGAAACCACUGGUGUCCUGUUGCAGGGAACUAGCAAUCAUUAAGGAUUCUAAAUGUUCCUUGUAUUUAAUCUUUGAGUCGUUUCUGUUAAUUCUGUUCAGCCUCUUCCUCUAAAACUGUGGUGUUUGUGAAUGGUGCUCUCUUUCUCCCAUUUCCCAAGCUUUCUAUGGGGUGAUUAAAAACAAAUUAAUAAUAAACGAUGAACUUUAUUCAGCUACCAGGAUUACAUAAGGCUAAAAUAAAGGACUGCCUGAAACCAUGUUUCUGGAAGAAAUAAAAUAUGUUCUCAAAAGAGGGCAUUAUGUAAUAAUAUUGAAUAGUGACUGGAUGCUUCAUGCUUUAUAGUUAGAAGCAAUCCUAAGCAGGUCCAUUUGGAAGUAAAUCCAAUGUUAUUCAAUGGAGCUUAUUUCCUAGAGAGUGUCCUCAGGAUUGCAGCCUGAAUAACAGUACAAAAAUUAUGAUAGGUCUGCUUAGUUUUCCUUUCUUCCUAUAGUUAGUUUAUUAGAAUUAAUACUGUAUUGUGUUUCAAGGUACAGAAGUGUCUACAAGAAUUAGAUUAUUUUGAACGAAGAUAUUUCUAGGUCUACAUUUUGAACUGUUUUAUGCUUUUUUUUCUAUUGGAAGACAAUUUAUUUGCAAUUGAGGGAAAUUUUCAAAACUUCUUUUGCACCUGGUACAAGUUACACUGCCCUAGAGUUCCUUCAUACAUGAUACUUUCCAAUGUAUAUCCUGUGCUUAGGAAUAAAAAAACCUGUACAAUGA